UUUAUGUCAAAUUAUGAGCAAACACUUUAAGCAUGUCACUUUGGAAAUGAGAGAGAAGAGGAUCUGUUUUUAAAGAUUACUAACUGUACCAAGGAACCAAACUGACCAGCAACAUGAGCUUUCGAAAACUAAGCUUUAAGUGGUUUGGGAGUCUGGGCAACCUCUCCUUCAGACGCUCCUCCUCCGGGUCUGAGAACAAGUCUUCAGAGACCCUGCGGCACCAUGGGAGCCUGCCUGAGGAAGGCAACUUUAACAAGACCAUGGACGACAUGGACACCUGUGCCCGGGGCCAGACAUACGCCCGGUCCUGUGACAUGUACAGUCACACAGGCACCAUGCCACGCAAGGACAAGUCCAAGGACAAGGGCUCCCGAAAGUCAAAGGGAAAAGCGGAACUCAGUCGAAAGCAGAGCCAGAGGUCCUGCCCCGAUUCCGUGGCUGAGUCCCCUUUCUUAAGUGCCAUGUCUGGCACAACCCAGGACAAGCCAAAAUCACCACCCAACCAAAGUAAAGAAUCGCCACCGGCACCUGAGAAUUCAAAAGAGUCUGCUUUGCCAAAGACAAUGGAAGAAUCAGCAGCUAUCACUAACGUGGAAUCUCAGUUGCCAAAUAUUGCUGUAGAAUCACAAGAUAAACCACAUACAGACCACCAAGGAAAACCAGCUUUACCCAACAGAAAUAAAACUAUGUCCCAGCUCAGAUCUAGCCAGCCCAGCACACCAACCUCUAAACCACAGUCGACUGUAUCCCCAUAUUGCCCCACAGAAACACCAGCUGCACCACAGAAACAGUCUGCAGCACCACAGAAACAAUCUGCCAUGGCAACGCCUGAAGAAUCUGACAUAGAGACUGACUCAGGUGUCGUUCUGGAGCAAACUGAAGCAGGGGAGGAACAGGCCACACCAAUCAGUGUAGAGGAGGCGGGUGAGGAGAUGUCAGAAUCAGACCAGAGUCACUUGGACAAUAUGGAUUCCAGAGGCGAGUAUGUGAAGUUCUCGAAGGAGAAGUACCUGAUCGACUCGCCCCCUGAGAAGCUGCGUCGUGAGCUGGAGGAGGAGCUCAAGCUGAGCAGCAGCGACCCACGCAGCCACGGCUGGUACCACGGGCGCAUCCCCAGAGAGGUUUCAGAGACACUGGUCGUUCGCAAUGGAGACUUCCUGGUCCGGGACUCCCUCACCAGCGUGGGGGACUACGUGCUGACGAGCCGCUGGAAUCAGGAGGCGCUGCACUUCAAGAUCAGCAAGGUGCUGGUGAAGACGAGCGACUCGUCCUCCCGGGUGCAGUACCUGCUGGAGCGCGAGAGCUUUGAUACCAUGCCCGCCCUUGUACUGUUCUACACGGGCAACCGGCGUCCGCUCUCCCAGCAGGGCGGCGCUCAAAUCCACUUCCCCAUCAACCGCACACUGCCCCUGCGCUACCUGGAGGCCAGCUUCUCCCUGGUCAAUGGCAAGCACGGUCUCUGCCACUCCCCAGCCAAUCAGAGGGGGGCGUACAUCAAGAGGCGGAGCGUCACCAUGACAGACGGGCUGACGACAGAGAAACUACCACACAGGGCACAUAGCUUGGGUGGUGAAGUAGAAAUGUCAUUGCUCAGGACAGCGGUCAUCUCCUCUGCAAGCAAGGUGGAGUCCGGUGAGGGGACCAGCCCUUCCGUCCCUCACCACAAGGAGGCGAUCCGGAACUGCGCUCUCAGCAUGGAUCAGAUCCAGGACUACCGCUGCCCAAUGUCUCCAGUCAGUGAGGCGCCGCUCUCCCCUGCCUACAGCACCAUUACCCGACACAAGAGCCCAGCAGUGGGACGGGUAGUGGGCAUGGUGCCUAGUUCCCCAGUGACGCGUCGCUCCAGUGAACCGCAGCUCUGCCCGUCCACCAACAACAACGUGCCCUGCCCUGAGAUUCUGCCCAGCACCCACUCCACCCCCGCCCAUGGGUACAGCCAGCCCCCUGGCCCCACCAUGCCCGUCCCGCUGCCCGCCAAGAGCUACGUCGAGCGUCUGCAAGUGGAGGAGGCGGGCAGGUGGCCGAGGGGAGAGUCUGUGGAGGAGAGCUUCACUGUGCCCAUGGUUGAGACAGCCUCUGCAUUCCAGCCCAACGCUUACCCCUCCCUACUGAUGCCCGCUGAGAACAAGCCUCUGGAGAUGGGCGUGCUCAAGAGGGUGAAGGAGCUGCUGGCCGAGGUGGACGCCAAGACCACUGCCAUGCACCUCACCCAGGCCGACUGCACGGUUGCUAGAAUCCUGGGUGUCACCAAGGAGAUGCAGAGGAUGAUGGGGGUCAGCUCAGGGCUGGAGUUACUGACCCUCCCCCACGGGAGACAACUGAGACUGGACCUGCUGGAGAGGUUCCACACCAUGUCGAUCAUGAUGGCGGUGGAUCUGCUUGGCUGCACUGGCAGUACAGAGGAGCGUGCCGCCCUGCUACACAAGACCAUCCAGCUGGCAGCUGAGCUCAAGAGCAACCUGGGCAACAUGUUCGGCUUCGCUGCUGUGAUGAAGGCCCUAGAGCUGCCACAGAUCUCUCGGCUGGAGCAGACCUGGAUGACACUCCGCCAGCGACACACAGAAGGCGCCAUUCUCUACGAGAAAAAACUCAAGCCUUUUAUGAAGAGCAUGAAUGACGGCAAAGAAAGCUGCCCUCUCUCGAACACCUCCUUCCCUCAUAUGAUUCCUCUGCUGUCUCUGCUGGAGAGGGGCGUGGCCGUGGUGGAGGGGGCGGAGUCCUGGGAGAGUGUCGACGCCGGAGUGGACGUGGUGAUGAGCCACCUGGAGGCGGCUCGAACCAUCGCUCACCACGGGGGGAUCUACCACACCAACGCAGAGACCAAACUGCAAGGGUUCCAGGCGCGGGCUGAAGUGCUGGAGGUUUUCUGCACAGAGAUUCAGAUGCGCUUGCUGUGGGGGAGCCGGGGGGCCGAGGGCAACCAGGGAGAGCGCUACGAGAAAUUCGACAAGGUCCUGACAGCGCUGUCUAACAAGCUGGAGCCUCCAGUGAGACACAGCGAGUUAUAGCGCCCCCUGCAGGGACUGUGCACUGGACAAGGAGGCAGCACUCUUGGACCUGGGGGUCGUGCGGACCUGCAGAAGGGUUUCAUGAAGAAUAACACCCCCCCCAAACCAGCUGCAGUAGCUCAUAUAGACCAUAAUGUGUUUCACUUUCAAAUGGACAACUUUGAUACAAGGAAACUGAACAGAAACACUUUUCAUUCAACAGGAAUCUUAGCUGAUGUUGUAUCCAGGGGGUUUGAUUGUUGUCAUGACAACACUCAGUAUGCAAGGCCUUCUCAAGAUGGCUACACACAAAGCUGGCAUGAUGAUAUCAUUACAGCAAAUGGAGACACCCUUACAAAAAUGUACUGUUGAGGAGAAUUCAUUGUAAAGAAUAUUAAAAAUCAGAACAUACUUUAAGAAUUUAAGAUAUUUGUAUUAUAAAUUCAAAAAUGCCAAAAAAUGCAAGGACCACCGUUUCAGUUUCUGAACUACAGUAAAAUGUCGUCAUACCACUUGAUGUGUAUUUUGUACUUGUUUUGCCUGCAGAAAUAAGUUUAGAAAUACUAAAAGGAACUUGAAGAAAUUCCUCAAAAUGUUUUGAGUUUCCUUUAAUAUUUCUAAAUUCAGCACUGUUGAGUCAUGGAUGAAAUAAUAGCCUCAAAUUUCUUUAUGCCCUUUUGAAAUUACAAAUAUAUAGUGCGCCUCAUUAAAACAUUAUAUUAUAAAGACAGCAGUGACCAGGUUAGUAGCACCAAGUUUAUAGAAUGGUACUUCUAAGUUCUGCAGCAUUUACUGAUUGAGGGUGAAACCAGCUUUUAAAUGAUGUAGUUGCUGUAGCUAAGUAGUGACCAUUCAGUAAUACAGAAGCAGUUUAAAUAGUGCUGAAAUAGGUCCAGUCUGCUAAUACUACUGGGUACAGUGAUUGAGCAGUACUUUUGGGUAAGGGUGUAUCCUAGAAAUGAGUCCAGCCGCUGGUGUAUCUUUUAGAAAGAGUUUAAUAAGAGUUGUUUAUUUUUCCCAGACAGAUUGGUAACAUGAGAAUAGGGGUGAUGUGUCUCCUUGCCUUUCUGUCUGUGUAAAGUUAUGUGUACAGUGAUGAAUAUUGUUUUUGUAAGUCUGGGUAUCUGAUCAACUCUAGCUAGGAUUGCUUUUAUUAACUUUCUUCUUUUCUGAAUGUGAAAUUAUUAUGAUACUUUGAUUUCCUAUAUGAAUUGCAGUUGGUUGAUUGAUUAACUGGAGAUAGCAUUUUGUUGCAAAAGGGGCAUUUUCUUUUCAAAAGUGACUUAAUUUUUUUCUUUUUCUUUUUUAAUGAGUCAAGUAACCAAAUGUUUCAACUAUAACCUGAGUUUACCAGAAUCUAAAGUUGCUCUUUCACCAAGGCUUUUUAAUUUUCCCUUCAAAUUGAUUAGUUGUGAAUCACAACAGACAGCUCAAGACUGCAAUGCUAUUUUCAAACAGCAGAGAGUGUAUUCUCUGUAAAAGAGAAAGUAGGCUUGCUACGCUCUGUUUCAGGUUCAGCUAACAUUAGUGCAGGCGCAGUAGGUUAUUAAACAAAAUGCAGAUAUUGCCAACAAAGUUCCCCAUUGUUUUAUGCUCUAGCUCUCUCUCCUUCCACUAGGGGUGAUAUCGAGCCAUGCUUGAGGGAGCAGCAGCACCUAAAACAGAAUGAUUUGAGGAAUGAAGUGCUGAGCCUCUCUUUCAGUCAUGCAUGAUUGAUUCAGCGAGUGGAUCCUCUGCAUAUAGUGUCUGCUUUAUAAUGUAUGAACUGAAUCAAAAUGAAGAAUGAACUGCUACUGCAAGUGUUGCAGGUUUAGUUACUAUAUACCCCCAACUGUAGUGUUUUACACAUUUCAACAUGCCAGGAAUAAAGUCAACAUAACACCUUCAAACCCUUCAGUCACUGCUCACUGCGCUCAAAGACCAUCGCUGACGGAAAUCAGCAUUGCCUACUGGGAGGGUCCGUCGCCAACAACAACAUCAUUUCCUUUUUGUACAAAGCGUUAUCUGCCUCACUUCCUGUUGUACAGAAUUCUGUGUCAUUUCCUGUUGUACAUAGUCAUUCUUACAUCAUUUCCUACUUGUAAAAAAAAAACAUGAUUGCAUAAUUUUCUUAUGUACAUAUGUCAUUUUUUCCUUGUUUUUUUUUUUUGCUAAGAGAUAUAAAAUCUAGUAAGCUUGUGUUGA